AUGGGAGCCAAGCUGCUGUGGCUCUUCCUCGCCUCUGCCCUUGUCGCUUACUACAUCUACAGCCCCAUGCCCGAGGACUUCGAUGAGCCCUGGAAAGUGAUGCUCAUCUCAGCUUCCUUCAGGACCACCGGGCACCUGGCUGAGGUUGCUGACCGGCUGGGUCUGAUGCACUACAUGGAAGCUCUGAUGCUGAUCUCAACUUUCCAAUACAUCGCGCCCACAUCCGAUGAAAAUGUCACCGUGACGGACACUGAGUUCAGCAAUGUUCCCGUCCGCCUCUUCGUGCCUAGGAGGGCAUCUGAUGGGCUGAGAAGGGCCGUGAUCUUCUUCCACGGCGGAGGCUGGUGCGUGGGACGGGCAGGCAUGAAAUCCUACGAUCAUCUGGCGAGGUGGACUUCAAACAUGUUAAAUGCUGUCGUGGUAUCUGUUGAUUACAGGCUGGCACCUAAAUACCAUUUUCCCGUUCAGUUUGAAGAUGUGUAUUCGGUGACGAAGUUCUUCCUCCAGAGCAAUGUCCUCUCCCAGUACGGGGUGGACCCGGACCGGGUCUGUGUUGUGGGAGACAGUGCCGGUGGCAACUUGGCUGCGGCUGUGGCACAACAGCUGUUACAGGACUCUGAAGUCAAAACUAAACUCAAAGCGCAGGCUUUGCUUUACCCUGCUCUUCAAACCCUUGACCUGAAUUUGCCGGCUUACCAAGAUAAUGAAAACAAGCCCCUCUUAUCCAAGUCGCUUAUGGUCAGGUUCUGGAGUGAAUAUUUCACCUCUGAUCCAUCUCUCAGGGAAGCAAUGGCCUCCAACACUCACAUCCCAGUUGAAUCAAGCCACUUAUUUCAGUUUGUGAACUGGAGCAACUGGCUGCCUGAAGAGCUGAAGAAAGACCACGUUUACACCAGUCCUGUCUAUGGAAGCUCCGAGCUCGUGGGGAAGUACCCGGGGCUUCUGGAUCGGAGGGCAGCCCCGCUGCUGGCGAGUGAUGCCCAGCUACACGGGCUGCCCCUCUCCUAUGUCCUCACCUGCGAGCACGAUGUCUUACGGGACGACGGUGUCAUGUAUGCCAGGCGCAUGCGGGCAGUGGGCGUUCCCGUCACGCACGUUCACGCCAAGGACGCCUUCCACGGGGCGAUGAUGUUUGUCUCGGGUGCAGCCGAGCUGGCGGUAGGGCACCGGCUGCUGAACGGAUACAUUGAGUGGCUAAAUGAGAACCUGUGA